AUGUCGUUUCGCGGCGACGAUUCACGCCGCUAUGGCCAUGUGCCGCCUGCUCAAUACCCCGUCGCCGGCGCCGCGCAGGACAGCAGCAACCCGCCGUAUCCUCCCCAGCGACGCAUGAGCUUCAACACGGGCGACGAUGCCGCCAUGUUCGACCCGAGCGCUGCCCGCCAGCAGCCCGCCAUUUACACUGGAGUCCCCGUUGUCAGCAGGGCCGAGGAGGAGCUCUUCCUCGGCAGCCCCACGUCACAGGAUGCGCCGGCCGCCCAAAAUCGCCUCAGCUACAAAUCUCAGCAUAUCGCCAUGGCUGGCUAUCAACACCAGUACCAGGCUCAAACAAACGCGCCGCCGCCCGCACCGGCACACUCGACAUAUAACCCCCAGGCCUUUGCUCGCACUCAAUCGACCUCCCUCCCGUACCACCCCGCCCCGGCCUCGAGAUACGGCGCUCCGACGAGCCCGACCUACGCGCCCACCCCUACAACCUACACUCAGCCAGCUUAUAACCCGGCGGCGUACGCCAACACAAAUACGGCGACGCCCCAGAGACAUUCUUCGGUCGCUUCAGUGGCUUCCUCGGGAUACAAUGGAUACACGUAUGGCUAUACUUCUCCCGGCAUCCCGCAGUCUGGCUUUGGGCAAUCUCCCCAGUCGGCUACCGCUCCAUCCAUACCCAGCUAUGAGCCUGCCCGUAGUCCACAGUAUCCUCCGUCCUCUGCCACCGCCACAUCACCGCAAUAUGACCAGUCCUACCCCCCGGCGAAUGCGUACAACACUCAGCAGUACUACGGGUCCUAUCCCGUGAAUGCCUCGGGCAUGGCGUAUAACACCAUGACAUCUCAGGCGCCCUAUCCCACUGCACAUGUUCAGAUGCCCGCCGGACCUAGUUACGCUUCUGCGGAUCACGCCGCGUUUUCCGGUCGGAACUCUAGAUCGGAUUCCCAGGUCUCUGCGCCAUCUCCUCCGCCGCAUUCACAAGCACCCGGAGGGCUUACAAGACACCCGACAAAUGCUCCGCUGCCUAGCCGUCCCAUGGAUGACUUGCCAGAGCACCAUAGCUGGGGGCCCAAUGGGCAAAGUAAUGAGCUGCAAACCCAAGACGCCUUGUUCGGUGAUAUCAUCUCGGAGGUGGAGUCACGACAGUACCGUGGCGUUAAUGGCAACAUAUCAGAGGACGACCAGGGACUGCACCGCUACAGUUCGACUGCUUCGACAAAUGUGGGAUCCGCUGCGGCGGUACAUCGCUAUCCUUCUAAUGCAUCGACAGUGAACAGAAAUGAUAUCCCCGAUACCUAUCCCAAUACUUACGACUACGAUGACGACGAGAGCGACCCCGAAGGUGCUGCUGGCCUUCUAGCCAUGCAGGAGGACAUGGACGACCGACGUUUUGGCUUUGGUGGGAUAUCGUUCCCGACUUAUAUGGAGCCUCCGGCAGCGCAGCAGCAGACCUCGCCGACACACCCGAUACAGCCGCCGGGACACCAACGGGAGUUACCACCGCCGCCUGAGGAACAAGGUACGGACAGUGAUUUUGGCGGAAUGGAUCUCGGCUUGUAUGGGGGUGGCUAUGCGGGAAACCUGCACUACGGGAAUGAAGUUGGCUCCCCACCCGCAACUUCUGCCCACUUUGACCAAGGGCCCAGGCCGUUGCCAUAUCCGCAAAACACGGGAAGCGAGUAUGCUCCCUUCUCCCAAGCUGCGGUUGACUAUGGUGGAACCGGUGGCCUUCAGGCCCCGCAAACACACCGGCUGAGCUUCGAUGAGGGAGAUGAGCGUGUCUCGAUUCACUCCAGGCACAGCGGAAGUGACUCGCCUACGAAGGAAGAGUAUCCCGAUAUGUUUUAUCAUCCUGGGAUAUCUAAUCGGCCUCUUCCGGCUGUUCCUCCUCUUGGCGAAAGCCGUCCAGUACUGUCGGUAGUGCCCCCUAGUAGGGUCGCUUCUCAACAGGGGUACAAUAUGCAUGUAAAUCCUCAGCGGCUCAUUGUGUCUCAGGAUGGCUACGACUCUGGGACACCAACGUCGCUUGCUGCCUAUGAUAUGAUCACCUUGCCUGGCAGGAAGAGGAAGUUCAUUCCAUCGAAGCUCACGGCUACGGAGAUUAAGCGUUGCGCCGAACCGUGGGCGCUCAGUAGCGUUACUGCCUGGAUUCGUGAGAUGGCAGACGGCGAAGUGGACCUCAAGAGAAAAUCCAUCGAAGAGGGAAUUGUGAAGCUUUUCUGUCACAAGGUUCCUACCAUGAACGUUGCUGACGCGGAAAGUUUGAGUGCUACAGUCGUGGACUCGAUGUUUGCGUCCGGUCUCUUGAUUCCAGAUGAGGAAUGGGUCAGGUUUGGAGCCGGCCACAUGACAGGUGUCUUGUGGCAACUCACUGGCCAUGGUUGCUACGCGCCCAAGUUGCAUGAGGCUGAAGAGUCUGCCCCUAAACUUAACGAUAACGGUAUUCCAGUAAGGUGCUACUCGCAUCACUGCGGUAGAACGCUGAAGAAGGCCAAUCUGGAUCACCUGCUUUCUGAUGAUCCAGUGGUUCAGGACUGGGCGACCUUCCAUGGAGUCAAGCCGGAGGAUUGCGAAAAGAAGAGCAAAAAGGAGAUUGAGAGACAAAAUGUUCUGCACGAGAUUGUCACCAGUGAAGAGGAGUACAUGGCCCAGCUCGACGUCGUUCGGCUCCUCUACAGAGAUCAACUCCGCGUGCACCAGCCCCCUGUUCUUCCCAACAGCAGGAGGGACAAGUUUCUGGAAGCAGUCUUUGGCAAAGUCGAUACGGUGCAGCAGAUCAACAAGGACCACUUGCUUGCCCAGCUGAAGUAUCGCCAACAGGAACAGGCGCCCUUCAUUGUUGGGUUUAGUGACUUGUUCAGAGAGUGGAUUCGCAAGGCCAGGCCCAUCUACAUCGAAUACUGCUCGUCUUAUCCGAAUUCGGAGUACCUCAUCCGAAAGGAAAGUAAUAGGAAUAUUCUCUUCCGUGAGUUUCUGGGACACGUACAAAACCAUAGGCGGUCCAAGCGUUUGGGAUGGACCACGUUUGUGAAGGCGCCCAUUACACGUCUGCAAAGAUAUUCCUUGUUGCUCAGCACGGUUCUGAAGAACACGAUUGAAGACAGUGAAGAGAAGCAGAACCUCAUCAAGGCAAUCGACGAGAUCAGGUCAGUCACAAAGGAGUGCGAUGACAGGGUUGCUGAGAUGACCAAGAAGGUGUCCUUGCUUGAGCUACAACAGCAGCUAGUCCUUCGACCCGGUUUCCAAUCAGUCCUCAAUCUUGAUCACCUUGGGAGAGAGCUUCUCAAGCAAGGCGAGCUUCAGCGACAGGGUUCCAAGGGAGUACGCUGGGUUGACACACAGGCCCUGCUGUUUGAUCAUUAUUUCAUCUUGGCCAAAGCGGUCUCAACCAAGGACGGGAGGAAUGAGAAGAAAUACGACGUGUCGAAAGAGCCUAUACCCAUGCCACUCCUCUUCCUGGAAAGCAUGCACGACGAACCUGUUACGAAACAAAAAGGUCUCGCAGCACCUCUGACCCGUACAGCGGCUACCGCUGGAUCCGGGACACAGCUUAACAAGAUUGCCUCUAAUGGAGGCGAUCGGCCCGGCCUGGAGCAUUCAGCAACAAGUGUCGACGAUGGAAAGAUCAUUUACCCCUUUAGGAUAAAACACCUUGGCCACGAGAUUUACACGCUCUACGCUUCCUCUGCCCUGGACCGCUCGGAGUGGUGUAAGGCGAUUGUGGACGCGAAGACAAGACACGCCGAAGCGCUACAUGCACAGAACGCCGAGCCUUUCCGCUUGCGAGUUCUUUCUGACGGUGCUUUCGCGUACGAUUCUUAUUCGACCUUCGGCAGGCAGCCGGGCGUGCCGAUUAGUGGGACACCAUUGGACAGGGCGAUACGAGGAAUGGAGGAGGUAUACGGUAAAGGCCGCGGUCCCCCGCCGGUAUGCAGAGCUCAGGUAAACUGUGCUACCGCUUUCAAAUCGUUCGGCAAGUCCAUCAUCGCCAUUGGCACGGAUUAUGGCGUCUACAUCUCGGAAGCAUCCAAUCCCCGAGGCUGGACACGCUCUGUCCAGAUCAGCAAGGUCACCCAGAUCGCAGUCCUCGAGGACUUCUCUGUCUGCAUCCUCAUCUCCGACAGGUCACUCAUCUCCUACCCCCUCGACGUGAUCGCGCCCGUCUCCAACUUUCCGUCCCCCGUUCAUGAUAACCCCAGACGGGCUCCCCAGCGUCUUGCCAAAGAUGUCACCUUCUUUGCCACCGCCCGCAUGAAGGACCGUACCCUUCUCUUCUACAAACGCAAGGAAGGCAUGCACAACACCUUCAAGGUCCUCGAGCCCGUCUUCCAAAAGGCAACCGAAAAGAAAUCCCGCAUCUUCGGCAGCCGCAAAUUCGGCUCCGGCGCGACCGAGUCCUUCCGCGACUACGACGAAUUUUACAUACCCGCCGAGUGCUACUCGCUCAACUUGUUCCAAAGCUACAUUGCCGUGGCCUCCGCCAAGGGCUUCGAGCUGCUGACCCUCGACAAAAAAGUAACCCAGUCCAUCCCGCGCGAUCUCAACCUCCCCGCCAUCGCCAACAUCGCCUCCCGCAUCAAGGACCAGCGGCCCUUGGGCAUGUUCAAGCUCAACGACCAGGAAUUCCUCCUCACCUACGAGGACUGCGCCGUCUACGUCGACAAGCACGGCGAGAUCUCCCGCACUUUGAUCAUGGAGUACUCGGGCAAACAGAAAAAGGCCAAAGCAGCCACCAUGUUUGGCCAGUAUCUCCUCUUGUUCAACGAGGAUUAUGUCGAAGUCCGCAACGCCGAGAACGGGCGCUUGCGGCAGAUCAUUGCCGGCCGCGAUGUAAGGUGUUUGGACUACGGGUUUAGAGGCCCCACGGGCAGUGGACAGCAGCAUGCGCAGCCGCAUACUUUGUUGCAGGCGGGAGUACUGCAGGAUACCAAGGGGACGGUCAAGAUUUGCAUGAGUCAUCCUGAGGUGCCCGGUGGACAGAUUGUGUUGGAGAUGUUGCUUAAUGAUGGGCAUGCGGAGAAGGCUUAGAUGGCUGGGGUGGGGAGUGAUGGGGAUGAGGAAGG